AUGAACCCUCCCACUGACACCACCGAGCGAGAGGCUCCUGGCCUCGCUAUCCGGGUGUCACAGCUUAGUCGAGAAGUUGGACAUCUUCGUGAGGUAGUUCGUCGCCACGGUUUUGAGAUCAGGGCCUUUCAUGGACGUUUUGAGGCCGCGGAGACACUUCUCGAUGCUCUGGCCAUCGGGCACUUAAUCGAUCACCCUGAAGAUGCCCCUUCAACCGAGAGCGACGCUAUUGCCAUCGCACACAUAAUCGAUCAAUCCCACGAUGCCCCCGCAACCGCCAUAAUUGAUCUCCCCCAGGAUGCCUCCUCAACCGGUUCAAGGACUAGUGAAGAGGCUGAUGAGGUGUCCGAAGAUCCAACGGGGCAAAACAAAGAGGUUGAAGAGACAGAAACCACACCAGUCUCUCUCGGGCCCGCUCCCGCUACCAAGGCCGAUGUUGCGGAGCUUCUUGCGGAGAUCCGCCAGGUGCAGAAGCAGAUGGUUGUGGUCACGGAACUCCUGAAUGGUCAGUAUUCUAUCAAGUACGAUGACCAAUUUAUCAGUACUAACUAUCAGUCAGAUCUCAAGCGCAGGGAGGCCGUUUGA